UGGCGUUGCGAAGGCCGAGAGGCCUGAGGCAGCUCCCGGACAGGUAACCCCAAGCGGUCGUUGAACUGAGCGACAGGAGAUACGUGUGUACAGCAGAGUGAGGGUCUGGUACCGGAGCUGGGGAGGCAGCAGUCUCCACAAAGUGAGGAGGGAGAGGCCCUGACCCGCCGCCUCUCCUCAGCGCUUCCAGUGCCCAAUCUUUGGUGCAUCUGUCGGUCUCAGAGACCCGGUGAGCUACCAAGCUGGAGAUGCCUCCCGGAGGCUGCAAGAUAGCAUUGUCUUUGGAACCGAGAUGCUGGCUCAUGGGCUUUCCUGAAAGGAUAAUGAUCCUCUGGUCCACGGUUUCCAGUGAGUGAAGGCUUUACUGAAGAAGCAUUGUAGAGAUUCAUCACAUUUCUAAGAUAUCAGUAUUUACAAAUUGGAGUUAUCAGCCAUCUUAAAGAUUGAUGUUGGAUAUCAAAAUGAAAACCUUCUGUGAAGUUUUAGAACAGUUAUACAAAAAAGUACUUUCUGGAACCAUACUUGAAGAUGACAGCCAUGAUUAUGUCUUUUACCUCAACCCAGCACUUUCAAACCAAGAUUGCUCUGCAGCCAGUUCCUUAGAAUGGCUGAACACCGAUGCUGUGCCGUGCCAGCAUCAGCUGCCCUCCAUCAGGGUGUCUACCAUUCCUGAAGCACCUGUUUGUGUGAAGAGACACUCUCAGAUGAGCGAUGCCCGAGAGAUGAUGCUCCUUCAGUUAACUGUGAUCAAAGUGAUGGUAACCAGGAUAUUGUCUGUUGAAACUGAGAUCCAUGCAAAAGAGAAAUACAGAGAUGUAAUUAAAAUUCUUUUACAAUCAAAUGAAAUUGAUUCUAAAUUGAUCUGCAUGUUCCAAAAUUCAGACAAAUUGUUGUCUCACAUGGCCGCAAAGUGCCUUGCGUUGCUUCUGUAUUUCCAGUUGAGAGAAAAGAUAACGUUAAGUAAUUCAUGGAUUGCUUUUUGCCAAAAAAAUCUUUCUGGAUAUUCUGAGAGUGAUGAAGCAAUACAUUGUCUCUGGACUCUUACAGCGGUAAUGAAAGAAAUCUUUAAAGAUACGUGUUCAGAAAAAGCAGAAAUUUUAAAGCAGUUCCUGACUCCUUUUGAUAGUACUCUUGAAGUGUUCUAUGAUUCCUUAUUCGCUCAGCAUUUUGAAAAUUGUCAGAAUCCUUCUAGAAUAAUAAACAGCUUGGUAUGUUUCCUGGAAUUGCUCGAACUUCUCAUAACCUCCAGAAUCUACCUGAAGUUAGAUUGCAGGAGCCAAAGGAUUUUAUUUUUGAAACCUUCUUGUGUGCUAAAUGUUCUGACCUGGCCUAUUCAGGCUUUUGUCAAAAGAAAGUUGAUCAUUUUCAUAAAAAAGUGCCUUCUCUAUAAAGUGGGCGAAGACCUCUGUCGUGGCUCAGUUCCUGCCAUGAUAUCGCCAGAUCAUCACUUAGACACGGACAUGUUGGCUUUAGCUAAUGCUGUUUUGCAAGCUGUGCAUCUUGGGUUGUUGAAGACAUUGUCUGUUCAUAGAAAACCUUCCUGCUUUGGAGGUGAUGAAGUUCAGCCUGGAUGUGCAUAUCUCUGUGGUCCAGAUCAUGUGAUCCUUAGAGCAGCAAGUUUAAUUACAAUGAAAUCCUUAGAAAUCAAAUUUCAAAGUGAUACCUCAACAAAUGAAAUGAAAGUUGAUUUACACAGGUUCAUGUCUGAGUUACUGACCUUCUUAAAGCCUCACCUUCAGCCCUCACUGCAACUACAUAAUCCAUGUGAAUGGCUGUCCAGGGUAUUCAUAGAACAAGACGAUGACAUGCUGGAGGCUGCCAAGGCAUCAAUGGGCAUCUACCUAAAGUUGACCAGAGAAUGUGAGGCUACCAAAAGGUUGACCCAAGAAAAGGAAAUGUGGAUCCGUCACACCCAUGAAAAUGGUUAUAAUCCUCACUGUAUUUUCUUAUUCUUCCUAAAAAAUAUAGGAUUUGAUUCUACAGUUCUUCUUGACUUUUUGAUUUCAUCAGAAACCUGUUUUCUUGAAUAUUUUGUUAGGUAUUUAAAAUUACUGCAAAAAGACUGUGAUAAUUUUUUCACUAUCUGUAAGUUCUUUGAUGCAUCUGAAUCUCAAUAUGGCAUAAAUAUUUGUGGUUGUGUCUCCUCACUAGUCCAAAACAGAAGCACCAACCCCAUACUGCCUCAUCAUUUGACUGCUCCUAAUAGUCACAAAAAGGGACACGCUUGGGUCCCCAGGGCUUCUGGUGAUUCUUCUGAACCACUGAACCAGGUUGUGAUAUCCAAGGAAACCCAUACCAUGGGGGAUCAUAGUCUGUCUUCCCCCCAGGCGUCUCACAGUCUGGUAGAUUAUGAAGACUCUGAUGAUUCUGAAGCAGAAUCCACAGACCAGUGUUUAGUAAAAAGUGAACAAACAACUUUACACCAAGAAGCAAUUAAGAAAAUUCAGGACCCAGCUGGGUUAAGCAGGGAUAAAAAGGAAUUUAACCAUGAGCCUCAAUCAUGGCCUCUGAUUGCAAAGGAAUCUACUACUUCCUUCAUUGAUUGUGAAGCAGCCCCAAAUAACACUGUCUCUGAAGCAAGAAUAUUUUAUAGAAUAAUAAAAUGCUUCAAAGAGCUACAAGAUGCCAUUUGCCGUUUGCAAAAGAGAAAUCUCUUCCCAUAUAAUCCAGCUGCACUUUUGAAGUUGCUAAAAAGUACAGAGGCACUGUGUAGUAAAAGUGUGAGCCCUUUGUGAAACAGUAGCAUUUGACUUCAUGAAUUGGUUUUCCUCAAUAUAAAUUGUGUCUCCAUGAUAUAACAGUUAAAAAAAAAAAAAAAAACCUCCACUAAAGGGUUUUCUAAAUGAAGUCUUUCUUUUUGCCUAUUGGAAGCAGCCUAGUGCCUGAAAAGAUGCAUCAAAUGCCAUAUCACUUGAUAUAAUUGUAUGCCUCUUGAAAUUGAUGGUGAUUCAAGCAUAUACAAUUUGGGACAGUUAAUUGUAUUAGUUUCCUAGGGCUGCCAUAACAAAUUACUACCUACUUAACAACUUAAAACCACUAAAAUGUAUUCUCUCAGUUCGGAGGGCAGUAAGUCCAAAGUAAGGUGUCAUCAUGGUCGUGCUUUCCCUCAAAGCUCUGGAGAAGAAACCUUCCCUGCUUCUGGUAUUGCCAGCCGUCUUUGAGGUCCGUUGCUUUGUAGCUGCAUUACUCUAGUCUCUUGCUCUUGGCAUGGCAUGUGUGUCCAUGUCCAUUUUCCCUUUUAUAAGGGCAACAGUUAUUGGAUUAGGCCUCAUUCUAAUCCAGCAUGACCUUGUCUUAACUUGAUUACAUCUGCAAAGAACUUUUUCUAAAUAAGAUCAUGCUUACAGGUUCCAGAUGGACAUGGAUUUGGGGAAUGAAGGUCUAUUGUAUGAACAUGAUCCACUGUAUGAAUGUGAUUGUUUUUUAAAAAUUUCUAGUUGACAUAUAAUAUUUGUAGAUAUUUAUGUGGCACAGUAUUAUAAUUGAAUGCAUGUUUAUAAUGUAUAUUGAGCAAGUAAAGGUAAUUACUAUCUCCAACUCCUCAAAAUUAUCAAUUCUGUGUUGUGAACCUUUAAAUUCUUCUUUUCUACUUAUUUUGAAAUGUUUGUUGUUGUAGACUAUAAUUACCCUCCUGUGCUGUAGAACAUUAGACCAAUUUCCCCAUCUAAUGAUUUUGUGGUACUCAUUAUUCAACCUCUGUCCCUCCUUUCCUCCUGCUUUCCUAGUUUCUAGUGACCUGCGUUCUACUCUCUACUUCUAUGUGAUCAAUUUCUUUAACUUCCACAAGAGUGAGAAAAUGCAGCAUUUGUCUUUGUCCUGGCUCAUUACACUUAAUAUAAAGUCCUCUAGUUCCAUCCAUGGUGCUGAAAAAUGACAGGAUUCCAUUAUUUUUAAUGAGAAAAUAUUUCAUUAUGUGUAUACUGUGCAUAUAUAAUAUACCUCUAAUGCAUUCUUUCAUUGAUGGAUGUCUAAAUUGACUACAUAUCUUUGCUAUUGUAUACCAUAUUGCAAUAAACAUGUGCAUGCAAGUA